UUUCGAAAUGGCACUACCUACUUCCUUCGAUCAUAAAAUCCACUCUAGCCUGCAAUCCCUUUUGUGUCAGUUAACUAGUAAGCAAGCUCAAGCCAAUCCCCGCUGGUUUCCUCUUGAGCCGGCAGAUGUGACGCAAAUCUAUCUCAACAAGAAUAAAGGAGCGCGAUCUUGGCAUAUAUGGCAUUCAAGAUGGAAGAGUCUGAUUCAGUUUCCACAAAAGUAUUGCUACAAUAUCUGCUUUAACAAUGACGAUUUCUACACUUGAAAUUUUUCAGAUCUCUUAAAGAAAUGAGAGGGAGUAGAGGUACUAAGUCUUAGUCUAGAGAAUGCUUUCUGGUCAAAGUUUAUCAAGCUUACUGAUAUUUUUGGAAGCCUUGCUAGAAUUUGAUGUAAAAAGUUAGCCAAACUUUCUCUAGUCCAGUUUAAGAUCAGUUGUAAAGAGUUUGACAGAAUUUUGGUCUGUAUCUGUGAUGUAAAGUUUGUAAUUUUUAAAGAUUGCUGUAUACAGGUCAAUGACAAGAAGCAAAAAUUUGAUAGAAGCUCUAUUUGAAAAAGAAUUGUGUUGGAGAACCCUUAUAAUUUUGAAUUCAAGUUUUGGACACAUGAUCAAAACUUCAAAUAUUUUUGCCGGAAGCUAUCCGUGUCUCCUCUUUCUAAAUCUCUGACUGAAAUCACUAUUUCUCCAAAAAUCUAUUGUUAUGCACUAUCAGAGCUCAUCCAAAUGAACAAUCUUGGGCAUAUUACCUUCAGUCAUUGAUAA